AUGAGCCGACCUCCGAUUCCAUCGAAGCACGAGUUUGCUGGUGCGCCGCUGUUCCAGCGCCUGCCGAAGCUGCCGCCGCUCGAGGGCACGGAUCCAGCGCGCGCGCCGCAGGACGCCUUCCGUCUGGCGAUUGCGGGCCCGCUGUCCGAGGUGCUCGGUACGCCGCUCAGCGACACCUUCCUGGCUGUGGCGCCUGGAGGCAAAGAGGGCGACUUUAAGGUGGUCCUGCCGCGCUUCCGCCUGCCGACGAAGGUCGAUGAGCUACAGGCCAAGGUGCUCUCGUCGUUCCAGCCGAACGAGUACGUGGAGAGCGUCACGAAGCAGGGCCCGGCAGUCGUGUACACGGUGAACAAGCGCACGCUCGUCGCGCUCGUGCUCUCGACGGUGCAUGCGCUGACGCACGGCGAGGGCGCUGCGAUCGACGCCGACGGGCAGAAGCAGCCGUCGUACGGCUCGAACACGUCGGGCCGCGGCAAGCGCGCAAUUGUCGAGUUCUCGUCGCCGAACAUUGCCAAGCCGUUCCAUGCGGGCCACCUGCGCAGCACGAUCAUCGGUGCCUUCCUGGCGAACCUGUACGAGGCGAAUGGCUGGGACGUGACGCGUCUCAACUACCUGGGUGACUGGGGCAAGCAGUUCGGUCUGCUCGCGCUCGGCUGGCGCCGCUUUGGUGAUGAGGCGAAGCUGCAGGCGGACCCUGUGCAGCACCUCUUUGACGUGUACGUCGAGAUCAACAAGCUCGCGUCCGAGGAGGGCGGCCAGGGCGAGGCGAUCCACGACGAGGCGCGUGAGUUCUUCAAGGGCAUGGAGGAUGGCAAGCCGGAGAACCUCGUCGAGUGGGCGCGGUUCCGCGACCUGUCGAUCGAAAAGUACAAGGAGACGUACGCGCGCCUGAACGUGCACUUUGACGAGUACCGCGGCGAGUCGAAGGUGAAGCGCGAGCAGCUCGAGGCGACGAUGGCAAAGCUGCGCGACGCCGACUUUACGUCGUACGAGGAGAACGGCGCACUGCUCGCCGACCUGACGCCGUACAAGCUCGAGAAGGCGGUGAUUGUGCGCAAGGACGGCACGCCGCUGUACCUCACGCGCGACAUCCCCGAGGCGGAGGAGCGCUACGAGCAGUACCACUUUGACAAGAUGAUCUAUGUGAUUGCGUCGCAGCAGGACCUGCACUGCGCGCAGCUGUUCAAGAUCCUCGAGCUGCUCGGCCAUCCCUGGGCGCGCAAGGACGCAGGCGGCCUCGUGCACAUCAACUUUGGUAUGGUGCAGGGCAUGUCGACCCGCAAGGGCACGGUCGUGUUCCUCGACCACAUCCUCGACGAGACCAAGGAACAGAUGCACGAGGUGAUGCGCAAGAACGAGGUCAAGUACGCGCAGCUCGAAGACCCCGAGCGCACCGCGGACAUAGUUGGCAUGACGGCCAUCAAGAUCCAGGACAUGACCGGCAAGCGCAUCAACAACUACACGUUCGACUGGAAGCGCAUGUUCUCGUUCGAGGGCGACACGGGCCCGUACCUGCAGUACAACCACGUGCGUCUCUGCUCGAUGGAGCGCACCAACGCCGAGGACGGCCUCGUGCUCCCGAGGGAGGACCUCGAUGUGUCGGCCAUGCACACGGACCACCUCGUCACCCCCGAGGCGCUCGAGAUUGUGUGGCUCCUUGCGCAGUGGCCCGAUGUGGUGCGCACCGCCAGCCGCGACCACCAGGCGUCGACAGUGGUCACGUUCUGCUUCAAGCUGACGCACGCCAUCAGCUCGGCUUGGGAAAAGCUCAUCGUCAAGGGCCAGGCCCGGGACGACGCGCUCGUGCGCCUGUGGCUCUACCGCUGCGCCAAGGAUGUGCUCGGCAGUGCACUGCGCCUGCUGACCAUUACGCCGCUCGAACGCAUGUAG